GGCGCCCUCAACAAAGAUGGCCACUUGCUAAGCGGGUAUUGUAAGGUUACCGGAAGUAUUGUGAGUGAAGCAUGUGUGGGCCCUGCGUUGUCCCAGUGUUCGGUGUAUUUCACGUGUAACCGGAAAACGUUUAAAUAGAGCAGCUGGAUGUCCGAGUAACGAGCAGGAGGAGCUCCGUGCAGCGAUGUCCGUACUCCUACGAGGCAGAUUUCUCAUCCAGGCUAUCCGUCCAGCCAGUAGUACUGCCAGUGUACAUAUCUCACCAGCAGAUGAGGUGGACACACAUGAAAAUGAAAUUGUAAACCCUGAAUUCACCAAUCGGAAUCCUCGUAACUUGGAACGUCUGUCGCUUGCAGUUAAGGAUCGUGGCUGGGGUACAGUGUGGCCAACCAGGGCAUACUGGCAUAGGUUACGUUUGGAACGCACUGGAGGUCAUGUUACUGCUCUGGUGGAGCACACGAAUGGCAACAUUGUGCUCUCUGCCUCUACUACAGAAUGGGCUGUGAAGAAAUAUCUCCAUAGCAAAACAGACGUAAUGGCUUGUGAAAAUGUAGGCAGAGUUUUGGCUCAGCGUUGUCUGGAAGCAGGAAUAUGUUAUAUGCUCUUUCGGGAUAUUCCUUGGGUCUUUCGAUCUGAAUCGGUAAGAUAA